CACAAUGUAUUUCAAGGGGAUCAUCUUUCCGAUUUCAAGAUCUGAAGGCUUUGAUAUAUAAAUGGGAACUUGAUCGAUCCAAUCAACCUAGUGCCAUAAUGCCAAAACUGUUUGAAAUGAAUAUUAAUUAUCGUUCACACAAUGGGAUCCUUAGACUUGCUUCAUCAGUAAUUGAUCUCAUCACUCACUUUUUUCCUGAAUCCAUUGACCAUCUGCCACAUGAGCAUGGUGAGGUUGGUGGUCCUCGGCCUAUGGUUUUUGAAGGGAUUGAUGCUGAAGCAUUCUUUCUCCUUGACUUUUCUAAGGAUGGGAAUGAGUCAAGUAAUGUUGAAUUUGGUGCUGAGCAGGCCAUUAUUGUACGUGAUGAUGAAGCUAAAGAGCAUGUGAAGGAAAAAAUUGGUAAAGAAUUUGGUUUGGUAUUAACUGUGUUUGAGUCCAAAGGGAUGGAGUUCAAUGAUGUGCUGUUGUAUAAUUUCUUUGCUGAUUCACCUGCACAUUCAAAGUGGCGGGUAAUUUUCUCUGCUUUUGACAACCACUCAAAAGGAAUUCAAGAAUUUUAUCAUGAGAAACAUUAUAUCCUUUCUUCAGAACUCAAACAUCUUUAUGUUGCAGUGACAAGAGCACGCCAGCAAAUUUGGAUAUAUGAUGAAAACACUGAAUGGAGGGAACCAAUUUGUAAGUAUUGGAAGCACCAUGGAUUGAUCAAUGUGAUUGUGAAUGAAAAUGAAAACGAUACUUUGUCUACUUUGGAUGAGGAAGGAAGUGGUAGUCCAUAUCAAUGUCACUCUAAACAAGCAAAAAUAGCUUUGUCUAAUUUGGCUGAGAAAAAGAAAAGCAGUACAGAUGAAUGGGAUCAACAAGGAAAAAUUUUUUUUGAAAGACAGCAAUAUGAUCUGGCUGUUUUUUGCUUCAAGAAAAGUGGAAAUGAAGAGAAUGAAGAGCUAGCAGAAGCAUAUCUUUUUCAGCAGGUUGCCAGAGAUUCUAUAUAUGAUUACGAUGAUGUUUCUGUGAACUCCAAAUUCAUUCGUGCUGCUGAAGCCUUUGUAAAGUGUUCACUACCAAUUCAGGCAGCUUCAUGCUAUGAGGAUAUAAACAAGCAUGAAAAAGCUGGUGACCUUUAUGUAGAGUGGGAUAUGCUUGAGCCUGCUGCUCAUUGUUACUCCAAAGCCAAAAAAUGGGAUAAAGCAGGCAAUUAUUUUCAACAGGUGGAGAAGUAUACUGAAGCUUGUCAAGCUUAUAAAAAUGGUGGACUUGAUGAAAAAGUAAAAGAUUUGAUUCAAAGAUACAGGCAAAAAAUUGAUGAAAAUAUCAUCAAUGAUUAUUAUUACUCUAUUGCCAAAGAACUAUGUUCAUGUGGCAAGUUUGAAGAGGCCAUCCAUGUUAUUAUCAUGAACUUGAAUAAGAUCAAUUCAGAAAAUAUUGAAGUGUUAAAGUGUUUCAUACACCUAUGCAGAGUCAAUGUAAUAAAAAAUAUAAUGACAAGUUCAAAUAGCAAACAGGAAAUGAAUGGCAAACGGGAAGUGAAUAGCAAACAGGAAGUGGAUGGCAAACGGGAAGUGAAUAGCAAACAGGAAGUGGAUGGCAAACAGGAAGUGGAUGGCAAACAGGAAGUGGAUAGACUUCUUUCCAAGGCAAAUGAAUUUGUAGAGAAAUUCAAAUCAAAAUCAUUGGAAAAAUCUGAGCAGUGGAAUAGUUUGAUGAAUGAGAUUCAAUUAUAUGUAGCUUAUUUAAAUGAGGACCUCAAUAGUGUUUGUGGAUGUAUGCAAUUCUUUAAAGGUCGCAAAGAACGUGUUGCAGAAUUUUGUGCAAUAAACAUAUAUCUGCAAACCAUCCCUCAAUCAAUAAAGCACUGGUAUAAACGAUUGCAACGUCUGUUAAGGUUAUGUGAUUUAACUUUUGGCUUUAUAGCAAGUCAAAAUGCCAACAAUAUCAAGAAAAUAUUUUUUGUAAACAAGGUUGAAAAUUAUUCACAUAAAUGGAAAAUUUUCUUAGACAAUCCAUUCCUUAAUAUAUGGGACAAUAUUCAUCCUAAAAUCAUGGGUGAUUGGUGUCUUUGUGAUGCAGAUGAUUUGCAUCUAGAAAUGAAGAAAUCCCUUGCCUCAUAUAUCUUUGAGCUCAUCUGUGAAGUUGACCAGAAAAGUAGAUCUAUUCCAGAUGUAAGUUCUCACAUCUGUCAAUUUUUUUUAUCCUGUCAAAAAUCAGGUUGCAAAGAUCAUCAUGUAGUUCCAACAUCAUUAAUUCUGCACCAACGCUUGAAGCUUGCAAGUCUUACUUAUACUGUUAUUAGACAGUUGAAUGUGAUGUACAAUCAACAUGAGCUUCUUAGAGAGGAGCAAAGUAAACAAGUUUCUGGAAUACAAAGGAGGUGGGCUGAAAACCUGGUUAAAUAUCAUAUACGUUAUCAAUCACCUAAGAUAAGCUGCCCAGAAAUAACUCAAAUGAUGCUUUCAGAACUUCCUAAACACACACGAUCUGGAUUUACUAGUCUUGCUCAAAAGAUAUGGUUAUAUAAAGAGUCCAAGGAUGCUGACAACUUUGCAGCUAUGCUGAAAUGCAUAUUUAUUUUACAACAGUUGAAAGACAAACAGGGCAUUGAUGAUUUUGAUUCGGAAAUGUCAAAAACCAAAGAGUUUUCAUGCCCUGAUAAUUUACCCAUUGGUUUUGAGAAGUGUGGUGAUGAUGAUCAAGCAAUUCCAGUUGGAAAACGACUUUCACUAUUCUUUGAGAAUCUCUAUGAAAAUAAAGUCAAUCAGGCAAUUUCAAAUGCAAAUGAGUUUAUUUGGUAUGCUAUAAAAAAUGUCAAACCUGUCCAAUUGGAUAACUCUGAUGUUUUGGGUGACCUUGUAUCUCUUAUGGAGUUUAAAAUGGCUUUGGUUUUUGCAGCUGGUCCUAAAUCUUGUGACUUUUGUCUUCCUCGAGCAUAUCUUGUUAAUUAUUUUAAAGCAUUCACUAUGAAGCCACUCCUUUUGAAUCGGCUACAAUCUUACAACAUGAAGGGCUAUCGAGCUAUAAUUGAUAAUUCAUUCAAUCAAGUUAAGAAGCUUCUUUUUCAUCAGGAUGACCUGAAUAUUAUUCUUAGGCUGAUACGACUCUUGGUCCUUAUCAGUCUGAAUGAAUUCACUUUUGCACAAAAGAUCUUUAAUCUUUUCAAUCACUUAAAUAAUAAAAUCUUUUUCUCUGAGACCAAGAAAUAUCUUGCUAAAGAUUAUAUGAAAAACAAGUCUAUAACAGAGUCACUUAUGAAAAUUUUGAACGAAGACUUAAAGGAAAACGGCUUUGACUCUCUAGUUAUUGUUUAUUACGAUCAAGGUGGGAACUCAAAAUUUUCCAACUAUGAGAAAGAUGGCAUUGUGAAGCUUGCAUACUCUUCUAUCAAGGAAUUUGAUUCUGCUCUUCAACAAAUCAUAUCACCACCCAUUGCUGUUGUUUAUGAGGAUUUUGAUCAAAAGAAGUUAUUAAAAGAAAAGAUUCGCAAUGAAAUUAAUAUUUUUUGCCAGGAUAUCUUAAGAGAGAAUGAAGGAAAGGCAUUGAGCAGGUAUAUUAUUCUCUUGAAAGGUCCAACGGUAGAUUCAAUAGUGAAGCUAAAUGAGUUGCAGAGCAAAAUGAAUGCAACCAAAGUCAAAUUGAAUGAGAGAAGUGUUAAUACUUUUGAUAUGGACAUAGUUGAAGAAUGUUCCGACCUGCAGGAAGAACUUAAGUCUAUCCAUUAUGAAAAUGUUAAACUAGCAUUAAAUUCAUUGUUACCAACUGAGAAUGUAGAAGAACACAAGCAAGAAAAUGUUGAAUGGUUAGAAAAUAGAUUACAAGAGGCGGAUGAUAUAAUUGAUCAGGCUUAUGAAUGGCUUGAUAAGUGCAAGGAUGCAAUGAAACCUGGAUAA